AUGUCGAAAAGUCGGUCUUGCGGUCUUGGAGACCAGUGUGAACAAAUAACAAGACGCCGCACAAUUUUUGGUGAUGUAAAGGAAUCUAAUAUAGUGUUUUGUGUUGACACCUCUGGAAGUAUUCAUAAAGUGUGGGAUCAAAUUUCUUCUCAGAUAAUAGAACAUCUGUGCAAGAUAGCUAUACAUGAUAAGAAGUCCACUUUCAAUGUUAUAACGUUUGGUGACAAUGUGAAACGUUUCCGCGCUAAGCUUGUGCCAGUAAAUUACAAAAACAUAGAAGAACUUAAUAAGUGGCUGAGGAAUGUAAUUUUCGGAACUAACAGCUACAUAUCCCCUGCACUAUUGUCUUCCUAUUCAUAUGUGGAAGCUGAGUGUGUACUACUGGUUACGGAUGGUUUGUUAACAAAAGAGCUUUAUGAUACAAGAAAAUUAUCUUCAGUUUGCAAUUCACGUCCGUUGUACCUGACUCUUUUGAUAAACAAUGUGAAACCAGAUAAUGCAAGUCUCGAGCUGGCCUCAAAAUUGAUAACAAUGACUUGUUGUCCAAAGAGUAGACUAAACGUGAUAAUGGUGGCUUUCAGUGGAUGCUUUGUUCAGUUGUCGCCGCUCGAAUGGUGUGUUAAAGUUCCUUCAAAGCUGUAUGGCUGCCCCAAUCUAUGCUACAAAUACGUACUUGACAACCUGCACAAAUAUAAGGAGACGAGAGAAGCUGGGGGUUCAGUUGAGGGAUUAGAAGUGCAUAAACCUCUGGCACAUAGAGACUCAGAAGAAAGAAUACUACAAGUCAAGAAAAUUCCUACUGAUCAUCUUCAAACCCAAGAACAACAAGUACAAACAAGUUCACUGUUUGAAAUAAAUGAUUCACAGACUCAAACAGUUUCUGAAACCUCAGAGGAAGUGAAUACAACAGACCCAUCAUCAUUGCAUAACAGUUGUAAUGGAAAUCAUUUUCAACAAUGUUGUAGAAGAGGACAUAGUUCAUGUUUCAUGUGUCAGCGUUCUCCAAAAUACUCUAGUGAUAGAUUUAAACAAAGCAGGUACCGAGCUGCAAGAUCUUUUAUGAAUGGUCGGGAUCAACUUGACUGGUGGGCUGAUGAUAUUCGAAUAGCACCUUCAGCUGGCGCUUUACUUUUAGGUCAUAUUGUAUUGGCUCCUAAGUAUAAUGAUGGUAAUCGAAUAUACAUGGCUACUGUACUUUCUCAGGUGGAUUAUUGCACAUUUAUUAUUUGCUUUGAAGAUCCUGAUUCAGAGAUAAAACAUCGUGAAAACUUUCAAGAAAUUCACGUGCAUGAAUUAAUAUCCUAUUUAGAUUUUCAUCGUCAUCCAAUUCACCCUGGAGAUUUUGUUCUUGUGCCUCAAUCUGCAAUUAUUCAAAUUGAUCAGUGUUGUAAACAUCCUAUGGAUAAACACUUUCUAGUUCCUUUUCAACUUGGCAAAGUCCUAUCUGGUUUUGAAUCACGUUCAUCUUGUAGAAAAGCUUUCACUCUGUCCAAUAUACCUUUAGAAGUGGAGUUUAUUCGACAGGAUAAUAAUGAAGUAGUAUCAGGCAAAAGUUGUAAAAUCCCGCUAAAUACAGCACUAUGGAUACCACAUGAACUCGCAGUUAAAAAAUUGCUAUCAAAUAAAACUCAGUGUGAAGUAACUCCCUCGACUGGUGAAUCGCCUUCUGCUGUAUACAUGAGCACUUGUAGCACUUCUCCAGCUGAUAUUACUUCCUCACAACCUGUAUUAUCAAAACAACAGAAAAAUGAAGCUUUAGAGGUGAAAGAUGCACAAGGAUUAUCGACUGGAAUCUUAACUGGUAGACAAGACUCUUAUACUGAUGAUAUCAAAUCAAACAAAAGCCUACUACGUCCAUUCUGUCAACUGCCUCCAUUCUCUGUUGGAGGUGUUACCAGGGACGAUAGCACCAAAAACAAAGGACUACAGUAUGCCUAUACAAAAGACGAGAUAGAACGGAUGAAAAGUGAAUUUAUCGAUUCAGACUAUGCUUCAAGCAUAGAUGAAACUGGCAGUGCUGGUAACCAGCAAAGAAAGAAACUAUCGAAAUCAGAAUCGAAUAUCAUUUCAAAGGCGUUUCAUGACUUUCAUUCGGAUUGUGCUAACCAAUUUAUAGAAAGAAAAAGCUAUGAAAGUGAAAAUAUUUAUCGUCCUACAAAUGAUGAAGCACUGAGAAUAUACAACCAAAUGAAAGAUGUUUCAACCAGUGUCGAUGCAGAAUUACAACAUGGAAAAAUGCAUAUUAAGUGGGUAAAACAGCAAAAGAAGCAAUUCAAUCGUCCUGAGUGGCGUUAUUGGGGUUCAAAGCCUAUACCUCAGUUGAUUGGCCCGCCGAUAUUUGAACCUUUUAAAGAUGCUACUGCAUGGGGACGAUCUGAUCGUUUGACAACUACAGUUGAAUGCUGCACAAUUUUCACGUGA